AUGGCCGUCUCUCCACCUGUGGUUGACGUACACGAGAUGGCUCGCAUCCUGGAUGUCAGCGAACUUGACUUGAGUGAUGACACACUUGACGUUUCCACUCGUGCCUGUCUAGGGGCGUUUACGGCGCUUAUCACUGGGCUUCGUCGGGACGAGCCCGCCUUCGUCGCAGCUGCAGCGGACCCCAUCGCCAACGCCAGGGCAGUUUUGACUUUACUACCAGAUCUAGCACUACAAGAUACCAAUAUACGAGCGCUGGAAGCACUCCUCAUGAUAGCACUUUAUGUCUCUCCCAUGGGCGAACCCCAGACCGCCGAAGCUCUGAUGGCCAUGGGCGUGCGAAUCCUCUUCAAUUUAGGGGCUAAUACCGCACAAUCAGAACGGAACAAUCACCACCUACGAGCCAUCUUCUGGCUCUUCUACGGGUUUGAUAAGGAAAACUCCAUCCGUCGGUCUCGGCCACCGUUGAUCAACGACGGCGACUGUGACCUAGACUUUCCUUCAACAUACCUCCCAAAAUACACCGACUAUCAUUUUUUCGGCAGCGAUCUAUCUGAGUGUGUCCUGCUCUACCCUUCGGACCUGCGAAUGGUUCUCCUUAAAUCACGCAUCUACCGCCUCCUCUACUCAGUCGAAGCCCAGAAGCAGUCCGAAGCAAGGCGUCUUCAGACCAUUCGCGAGCUGGACCAUGAAUUGGGCGAGCUCAGGGCCAGCUUUCCACGCAACUGCCAGCCAGAUGACUUUGUCAGAGGGCUUGUUCCGGAGACGCUUUUCCAUGAUCUGAGUCUGCGAGGCGCCGGGACACAUUUGGAGUAUUACUUCUGCCUUACCAAGAUCCAUGCAGCUACCGCCAUUGGUGGUAGGACACCACCACCACAAUCCAGUAUAGAGCUUUGCUAUCAAGCCGCGCGCUCAAGUCUGCUUUACGUGGGCCGCCUUCAGUUCUGCAUCAUCCCAGAGACCUUUUGGAUCUAUGCGCAAUUUAUCAUCACUGCCGUUCUCGCACUGCAUCAGCGUCUCGUGGCCGUCUCCAACGCCGAUGGGCCGUAUGUUCGAGAGGAUUUACACAUACUGGAGGAGACAGCCGCUAUUUUUACGAAGCUCGCUGCUGCUAUCGCCGAGAAGGGUGGGGUGUUUGCGCCCUAUGUGAUUGCUGAGCGAUUUAUCUUACGGAUUGUGACACUGGCCAAGGAGUCUAUCAUGGCGUCGGCGAGGAAGUCAGCCAGAAUCCCCGACUUGGGGAAUGGGGGAACUUAA